CCUCAGCUGCGGCCCAAACCUGAACUGUUACUUGAGUUCGUUGAAAACAUUUGCACUGGUUCGAUGGCUUUAUCUUCGGCCUGGUCUGAAAAUCGUUGUUUUCUCUCUCAUCAGCAACUUUAGAGAGAGAAAGAGAGACAGAGAGAGAGAAAGACUCUGAGUGGAGAGGGAAAGUAGCGAGAGAGAGAGAGAGGGAGAGAGAGAGAGAGAGAGAGAGGAGAGACAGAAAAGCAUUUCGCGCUGAAUCGUUGCGGAGCUUGAAGACGGUUGUAGCUGAGGAAAAUUUACAGUCUGAUAGCUAAAUCAAACAAUUUUGGAAAACAUACCAAAAAGGAAAGGGAUGGAAUUAUGGAGUAUUUUCUUGGAAUGAAAUCCAUUUGUUUGAUAUUUGACAUGAUUGUGGUGUAGUGUUAAGUAUUGAAGACAGUUUGGUGCAGAGUAAUUUUCGAGGGAUUUAAGGACAGAAAUUGGAAGUUAGAUGUACAGAAGAGUGAGCGGCAGGAAUAUAUUUAGUGAACCUUUUCCUUCAGUUGUAUAUAAAUCCUAUCAUAUAUGCUAUUAAGUUUGGUGAUGAUCUUGCAUGUGUCAAAUUAAUUUUUGGAAAAUGGAUCUGUUGAAAAAAAAAUUUCUGGCUUUAUUAUCUAAGCAAAGUAAUGAAGCUGAAGGCACAAUCUGCCAUUUAUUUGAGCAAGAUAACUCUGCACAGGGCCAACAUUGAUCUAAGGCUGUACAUGGGAAUUGACCGGCAUUCAAUUGCAGCUAGUGGCUUGGAAAUCAUAGAAAAUUGGGAACUUGGGUGCUUUCUUCUGAAUAAUUAUGACAUUCAGAAAGUAACAUGAGAGUAUGGUGUUGCUUAGCAAGCGUAUGACGAUAAGGAUGCAUUGUAGCUCUUUUGGCCAAUUGGCUCAGGCUGAAGGCUUUUGGAGGUCACCGCUUUCUAAUAGCUGACUUGAAUGGCUUCAUGCAUGGACACAGAGUUCCUAGACAGGAGAGAGUGGCACGCAGCUUUUUUGAGAAAGAACCAGUUCUGACUGGUAUAACUUAUCAUUGAGAGGCUAAUCUGUUCUCGAAUCACCGGUAACUAAUUGUUGUUGGUGGACUCCUGCUCUGGCAUCAGAUUGAAAGAGGUUGGAUAUUUGUCGAGCUCCUGCUGAUUUUAACCAUAUUGGUGGGCUGCAGCAGCAGCUGGUAGGUUGGUGCCUUCAACCUGGCAUGCCACAACCACACCUGUGGCAGCCAUCUGGGUUUAAUGACAUGUCGUUGUUGCAGCAGCACAUGAUGUUCAAGCAGCUGCAAGAACUUCAGAGGCAGCAGCAACUUCAGCAGUUUAGUGAUGUGAGGCAACAGAGCUCUGUGAACCAGCUCUCCACAAUUACAAAGCAGGCUACAGGUGGUCAGCUCCCACCCAUGAUUAAUGGAACACCUAUCCAUGAUGCUUCACAGAUUUUUAUGAAUUGGAUCCCACGUGGUGCCUCUACAUCUGCACAAGGAGUUCCCAAUGGACUGAUGUUCUCACAAGAUCAUGGUCAAGCUAUGCGUUCACUGAAUCUAUCUCCCCAACAGCUUGAUGUCUCCUUGUAUGGUACUCCUAUUGCUAGUGCGAGAGGUAAUCUGAAUCAAUGUUCUUAUCUUGAAGGGAUAUCUUGUGAUUCAGCAAAUUCAUUGCCCAAGGCUAAUCUCAACCAGGCACAGAAGCCUGUGAUGCAGUUAUCACCCUUCAGUAACUCGCUUUUGGGUGAUCAAUGUAUCAUAUCUCAGGAGCAGGUUUGCGUGCCUGAUGGAGCAUUCACAUCAAAACAAGGAUUUCAGGGGAGAAAUUUUUUUGGACAAGUUCCCUUUCAGGGUUUAAAUAGUGCAGUUCUAUCAAAAAAUUUUGAUCAAGGGAAUACUGUACAAAAGAAUGUGUCAGUCCAAGAAUUUAAUGGAACGCAAGGGCAAGCUGGGUUGCCAGGUCUGGUGGUUGAAAAAACGACACAGAUUGGUUCUUCUCAGGUUUUGGCUACACUUGAUCCAAUUGAACAGAAGAUUUUGUUUAGUGUGGAUGAUAGUGUUUGGGACGCUUCUUUUGGAAAACGCACUGACGUGGCCACAGGAAAUGUUGUGAAUGCAUUGGAACGUCCAGAUCACUUGAAUGUGUUUCCUUUUAUUCAAGGUGGAAGUUACAGUGCUCUCAUGCAGUCUGCUGUGGCAGAAGCUUCUAGUAGUGAUACUGGGUUACAGGAGGAGUGGAGUGGCUUGACUUUUCAGAAUACAGAACUGUCAGCUGACAAUCAACCUUCAAACUACGUUGACAGUGAGAAGCAACAACAAGGUUGGGUUGACAACAACUUGCAGAGUGUCUCCUUGUCUUCAAAACCAUUCUCUGUCGCUAAUGACUCCAAUAUGACUUCUAGCUUCCCUGGCUUUCAGCAGUCUGGUCCCCACUUUUCAUCAGAACUGGGAGAGGGACUGCACCAAGACUCCUCUCAUGAAUCCAGUCAGCAAUCUCCUAAAAAUGCCAAGUGGUUAGAUUCUAAUCCACAGAAAAAUUCACCAGUUGACAAAAGUCAGCAAGUCCAACCCCUUGUGCAUUUGGAGAAUGCGUGGGAUGGUCAUGUUUUUGAGCAUUCAGAAAAUAAUGCUCAUCAGCAGAGCAUAUUGUCAUAUAACAAAGGCGGCCUACCAUGCAGUAAUCCAAAAGGUAGGCCACUUGAUUCCCUGACACCAUGUGGAAAUACUAUGCUGAAUACUUGUGGUAAUGAGAGAACAAUGGACAAUUGUUGGAUGAGUAAUAUUAGUGGAUCUGUGCACAAGGAAAAGGAUAUUGACAGUGGUCUGGGAAAAACUAAUGGUAACUGUGGGGCUGGUUUAUUUCCUCAUUCAAUUGGCGGGUUGGAGCUAGGACAGCCUGGCUUAGAUACGACUCUGACCAACAGAGAAAUUUCUGAAGUGAAUAACUUUGUUGAUUUAUCAAAUUCAAACAUGAAUAAGGAUAAUCAGGAAUCCAGUGAACGCAUCCCAGACAAUCAUCAGCUUGAUUACAAGAAACAUGUUGAUGUCUAUGAGAAAUGUGAGGGACCUGAGGGCAUGGGAAAGGGCCAGCAUCAGCUAAGUAAUGAUUCUCAGAUAUUCGAUCACUCUUACAAGGGAGCAGAUGAAAUUUUUGAGAGGAAACAUUACUGCUAUCCAAAGGAGAACUCAUCCAAUGACAGCUAUAACUCCAAUUCAUCGCAGCAUACUGUCACUGGACGUGAAGUGAGAAACAAUGCAAGGUUAAAUGCAAGUGAUUCUCAGCCUUUAACUCGAGGCAGUCAAAAGUCAUCCAGUCAGGUUGUUCAGAAAGUUUCUACUGCUCCCAGAUUUUUCUUUCAUCCAGUGGGAAACUUAGGGGUGAAUGUAGAACCUGCUGACAGGAAACAUGUUGGUUAUCCACAGGUCCUCUGCCCACAGGAUUCUCAUGGAAUAAUUCAGGAGCAAGGAUAUUUUGGGCAGUUCAAGUCUUCUGGUACUGUCUAUGACAGCUCCAUGGGCUCGGAAAAGGGGCAUUUGCAUGAUUUUCAAGUUAACUUAAAAGUAUCAGAAGAGAAUCCGAGAGGCAAUCUUGGAUCCAAUGCAUCUGCUGCCCUUGACAGACCAGUUGGUUUUUAUGGUUCUGGUGUCACUGCUCAGACAAGUCAAAAUAUGCUCAAGCUUCUGCACAAGGUUGACCAAUCUGGGGAAGGUAGCACUGUAGCAAAAUUUCAAUCCCAGAUGCCCAGAGAACACAGCCCCAAUGCAUCUGUUGCUCAAUUGAAUAAUCAUUCUUAUGCUUCUCAAACCUCUGGUUCAAGAUUGGCUCCUCAGUCGCAGCAGCUACUGAAUUCAGACCACUUUUUCUCCUCCCAGGGUUCUCCCCAAAUGGAAAUGUCUCGUAUAGCGGUGACAUCUGGUGCUCCAUAUUCAAGAAAUCAGCUUCACCGACAACUUAUUUCCAAUACUUCUUUAGCAGGUCAAUCUUCACGGCAAACAUUGCCUGGCACAGUUAGCAGGCUUCCACCUCCUAACCUUGAUCGAUCUCAAGACACUGCCCUGCCUAUUUGCUCACACCCAUUUGGUGAACAAUUCCCAGUUUUGGAGGCUGUGCCUAUCACUCAACCUAUUAUAUCAAGCAUGCCUCAGCAGAGUGGGUUUUCAGUCAGACCACCUAAUGAGUGGACUAAUUUACCAACUCAGCAACAAGUAUCUGCUGCUGAAUUUCACAAGUUUCCCUCUGCCUUAAUUCCCUCCUCAGGUCCAUCAUAUACUGGUCUAGAAGCCCCAUCAUGGGCCCCGCAUGAGUUGAGUGACCAAAAUGUGCAGAAUAGUGGAAAUGGAUCAUUGGGAUUUGGUGUGUAUUCUAUGAAUUCAAAAGUUUGUGUCUCUGGAGAAGAGCAAACAGGUAAAGAAAGCUCCCAGGAGCAAACGUUGUCUGAGACACUUGACCCCACUGCUCAGAUAAGUCACUUUGUUCAAGGAAAGGAAUGUAUGACAAAGCAUCUCACAGUUGCAGAUGCUGCUGCUCCUAGCUCAUUGGCGAAUCAUUUGCACCCGCAGGACUUUGAUGGAGUAGAGCAUGGUGAUAAACAAGACUUAGGCGUGUCAGGAAGAGAUUUUACCGCCUUUGGCAGAUCCCUGAGACCAUCACUUGAUUCCCAUCAAAAUUACUCCCUACUGCACCAAGUGCAGGCCAUGAAUAAUGUGGAUAGUGAGCCAAGUGGGAGGGCUUCGAAGACAUGUAAUGGAUCUAAUUCUGAUCUGGAUUUUCAGCUGGCAACAGUGAUGGCAGGACAGCAAUCCCUCUAUCAACAUGUUACGAGAGUUGGAAAUCCCACGGAUAAUGAAUUGAAUGCUGCAUCGCACCUUAACUCAUUUCCCUUUAAAAUGCAAAGCUUGAUGACACAGGCAAGAGCAGAUCAAACUGCAAAAACUUCAUCUGGAUCGAGUCUUCAAGGUCUACCUUCUCAAGAGACGGUCAAAUUUGGGCAAAAUGAUUCUCAAAGUCAUUCUAGUUAUGCUCAAUUGACAUCUCGUCAAAUGGAAAAUUCUCAUAUUAGUCUACAAAUGGCUCCGUCCUGGUUUAAGCAGUAUGGGACCUUUAAAAAUGGGGAGAUGCUGCCGAUGUAUGAUGCACGAACUGCAAGGUCUGCUGCAGAGCAGAUCUCUUUUGGGAAGCAUUUGGAGAAUUUGCAACUACAUAGGUCUAUGGAGCAAGUGAAUGCUGCUGAUGUUUAUCAUCUCGGUCACGUUUGGCCGCAUAAAGCUGCCAAUAUGGUGGAAUGCGAGCACAUGCCAAAUUAUAUUUUGCCUUCGGAUGUAACCAAUCAGAGUUUGGCUGUUAUGAGACCGAAAAAGCGUAAAACUGGAGCAUCAGUGUUUCUACCAUGGCACAAGGAAGUGACAAAUGGUUCCCAAGCCAUCCAAAAUAUCAGCAUGGCAGAACAAGAUUGGGCUCAAGUCACUAAUUGUCUGGUUGAGAAGAUGGACAAUGGGCCUAACAUGAUUGAAGAUGGGUUACCAACGGUUCGGCCAAAAAGAAGACUUAAAAUGACUACACAGCUAAUGCAACAACUGCUUCGGCCACCACCGGCAGCCAUACUCUCAGCAGAUGCCACUUCAGACCACGAUUGUGUGGCAUAUUAUGUUGCUAAAUUAGCACUGGGGGAUGCAUGCGGCCUCAACUGCUGCAUAAAAAGUGAUUCAAGCAGCACCAUGAUGACUGAGAAGGUCAAAGCUUCUGAGAGAAUUGAUGGUCAGUAUUUCUCAAAAGUUGUGGAAGGCUUCGCUGAAAGAGCAAAGAAGCUAGAAAAUGAUUUAUCCAGACUGGACAAGACAGUAUCAAUUCUAGACAUAAGGCUGGAAUGUCAGGAGUUGGAGAAGUGUUCUAUCAUUAAUCGUUUUGCCAAGUUCCAUAGCCGGGUGCUAACAGAUGCAAGCCAAACUUCAUCGCCCUCUGGCACAACCAUGACUGGAACAAAAACAUUUCCUCAGAGAUAUGUCAUUGCACAUCCACUGCCGAGAAAUCUACCUGAGCAGAUGCAUUGUGUUUCUCUUUGACCAUUGAUCGAUUGAUGCCUUCUGCAACCGCUUUUCAUCUGCAGUCUGCAUUCCAAAUUUCCACCCACAUGAUCGUUUAUGAUCUCUUUUCAAUAACCUGUAUGCUGGAUGCUUGAUAUCCGGCACAAGGAGUGGAAGGUGGGAGUGCAGAACAAACCCCACUCCAAGAAACCCAUGGAGGAGGCCUUCAGAUCUUUUUGAAUCAAGGCCUAUUGUUGUCAUUUUUGAAGAAAGAAGUAUAUAUUGAUCUUUGUAUAUUUUCAUGAAAAUGAAGGAGUAUCACAUCAGGAAUUAGUUGGUUAAAAUCAUCUUUAUUUCAGAAAGCAAGUAGAUAGGUGCAUGCAUGGUGGGCAUGGAUGGUCCCUCCAAAAUUUUCUUAUUAAGGUCGUCAUGUUAAAUAAUUAGCUAAGCUUCUACAACAAUAAUUUAUUGCCAGUAGUUGCUGAUCA